AUGCUGUACUCAUACUGGCGAAGUUCGUGCUCUCACCGUGUUCGGAUCGCGCUCAACCUCAAGGGUCCUGCUCUGCCCCUUCUCUCAGUGCCCAUUUAUUGGUAGCGGUAGCGAUGGUCAAACUGACUGGUCCCCUGCGUUCUUCCCGGUUUGCUCGCCGUGAAGGGUUGGAAUACGAAUACAAGGCUGUGAACCUCGUCAAAGGAGAGCAGUUUAGCCCAGGUGAGCUGGACCCAGUCUUUUGGCCGGGCAUCAACCUCUUGCUGUUAACAUCAUCUCUACAGAUUCAUACACAAAUGAACAUCUUCUUGGAUUUCACGGCACCUGAGUGCACAUGAGAAAACUGUUUGAUGGGUUAUAAGCUCCAAUUCUUCCGAUCGUUCAAUGGCUGGAAUGCAGAUUUCGAGAAGCUGAAUCCUUCAAAGUUUGUACCCGUUCUAGUGGACGAAGGAGCAGUCAUCGCAGACUCUUUUGCGAUCAUACUGGUGUGUAGAAAAUGCCUUUCUUCUCUCUGUUGAUUCAUCCACCUGUUCGCUCAUGUUUUGUUUUCUCUUCUGCCUUGGUUUGGACAGUACUUAGAGGAAAAAUAUCCUCAGCACCCACUGCUCCCUCGUGAUCUUUUGAAGAAAACCAUCAAUUAUCAGGUAGUUGAAUCCCCUUUUCUUCAAUUCUCGUCAGAAAUUUCAAAUACAUUGAGUGGUGCCUGUUGAGAAGCUCUAGAUAUCUUGCUCUCUAUCAAAUGGUUCCUCCUGUUUGAUUUAUUUGUGCACUGAAAUAAUUCGGUACGUGUACAAUGAUACUCUUGGGUGGGUUGAUGGUGAGCGGCUGCGGUGUUUUGAUUAUAGGUGGCAAACAUCGUUUUCUCGGGCAUACAACCCCUUCAGAAUCUUAAUGUACUGGUAAGGGGGGUUUCCAUUAAUCACUAGCAAUGCUGCCGGUUCAGAAGGUUAAUGGUCUUCAUUCACCCACAGAAUUACAUUGAGGAGCUCUCAAAUGCUGACAAAAGACUUGAAUGGGCGCGGCAUCACGUUGAAACGGGGUUUGAAGGUCAGAAUCAUUCUGUCCGGAUCUUUCUUCCGCCGUUCGACAGCCAUAUAUGUUUUCCUUUGCUGAUCUUUCUUUGAGCUGCCAUUGCUCGGUCCUUUGCAUCUGUCUGAUUGGCGCUUUCGUUUUCCUGACUGAUCUAUCAUCAUCCCGUGAGAUUUUCAGCCCUUGAAAAGCUUCUAGAACGGCAUGCGGGAAAGUAUGCCACAGGAGAUGAAAUCUUUCUGGUAUGCUCGCCUCCUGUUUUCUCAAGUUCUUUUGCUUUUCCUUGUCAAUUUUAAUUCCUGCAUGUAAAAAUGAGCAGCCCUCUUCCACUCCCUCAUCUCAAGCCCUCAUCCUUUAUUGAAAUGGAGAAGUCAGGGACUACUACUAGUUGACAUAACUCAGACCUAUUUCCGGGUUCCCAAACAGGAGUACUGGUUUUCAGGUAAAAUUCACCUCUGGAAGAUGAUCUGGUGCAUGAAGCUGAUGAAAUUCUAUUAUUUCCACUUGCAGGCUGAUGUAUUUCUGGCGCCACAGCUCUACGCUGGAGCUUUUCGGUUCAAUAUCGACAUGGUAAGUGCGAUCGGGCUGCUUGAAAAAUAUUCCAGAGCUUGAUCCGCAUCUUCCUGUUUUAUCGGGAACGCAGUUUAGUUCAUCGAUCAAAAGGACGGUUGAUAAUUGGAGUAGAUUUUUUUUCUGCGUUUUACACGUCCUGGCGAACGAGUUGUGUUGUUUCAAGCUGUGUAUGACCGCAUAUAUGGAGGUGAUUACAGUUUAUGUUCAAGCAUUUCAAUCCACUCACCUCGGCUGUGUUGCUGUGCGGCUCUGUUCGUUCUUGCGCUGACAUGAGAUUGCUCCAUCUUCUCCGGGAACUCUCAGGGCCGUUACCCCAUCCUCGCUCGGCUGAUGUCUGCGUACGACGAGAUCCCGGCGUUCCAAGCAGCCCGCCCCGAGGUGCAGCCCGAUUGCCCCCCCUCCGCUUGA